GAUAUUCUAUUAUUGUAUAUUCAGGGGAGCAAAACGAGGAUACAAGAAACAUUGUGGCCGUUCCUUUCAAUUGCAGAAAACCAAAUAACAAUUAACAAAAAUCUGGAGGCAAUCUCAAUUACAGUAUAAAACAUAGGAGGAGCUAAUCUAAAAAGCCUCUUUACGCGGCCGCCGGAACUUGGUUGCCCUUUCGGAAUCGGAGAAGACACCGUCGCCGCCUUUCAUCCGUUUCUACCAUCAGUAAGCUUCCAAUUCCCUUAUUUUCUCGAAGAUAAGUUUUGUUUCUAUUAGAGUCGGUGUAUUGGUCUUGUUUGGGUGAAUUUAGGGUUAGGGUUUUAUCUUUAGAGGAGAAUUGGGGAUUUAUAUGGCUGCUGGAAGACAUGGUGAAUAUAGGGACGACGAAUUUAGGGGCCAGGGUUUGGAAUUUGAGGUUUCAAGGAGGGAAGUUGGUUACUCAAAAAGAAAUUAUGAUGGAUUUCGUAACGGCGAUAGCGGGGUUAGGCUAAGACGAAUGAAUUUAAAAGAAAGAGAGAUGAUGAGUAAUUCAGGUAGGAGUGACCGUGAGCCCGGGGAAUUAUCAUCGUCCAGUGAGAGUGUUUCUGAUGAUCAGGCCAGCAAUUCGGACAAUGGAGACCAGUUACUUGUACAGAGCAAAAUAAGAAAAUUUUCACCCGUUAUUUGGGAUAAUAAAGAUGCUAAGAAAGUGAAUAGAGUGUCAAAUAUUCGUACAAUUUCACUGGCAGCUGCUAAGGUGCAGAACUAUUCUAUGACUAAUAAUAAUACGGAGCAGUCCCAGCUUAGGGUGAAGGCUAUACCUGUUUCCCACGAAGCUGCUUCUGAAUUUCCUGACCACAUAUCUUUGACGCCUCCUGUUGAGGUGCAAUCGAGCAAUGAACAAGAGGCUAAAAUACUUGAACAUGGUGAAUAUGUCCAUAUAAGAGCAUCUCGAUGGGUGACUGAUGUUGAUGUUUUCCUAGUUGCCGACAAUAAAAUUCCUCGAUUAAAGAGUAGGAAACUAGGGUCAUGGUCGACUGAAACAGGUGGGCGUAGGAAAUCACUGACCCCUGAAAUUGGGAACCCCAAGAGAAAUAGGGCGCGACCCUCAGAAUCUGAUGAUCAUAUUAGGUCUUCUAGUAGAGAUAGUUACCAGGAAAAUAAUUUAGACAAGAAUGACUCCAUGGAUGUGGAUAAGGACCGUAAUUAUGAUGAUGCUAGUGUUAGCCAAUCAGAUACAGAAUACGAACACGAGCAUGAUUCUUGUGGUGUACUAGAAGCUUCGUUCCCUCCUCAAAGGAGCGUAAACAUGCUUCAGGGGUGUAGAAGCGUGGAUGAAUACGAGAGGCUUAACAAGAUAGAUGAAGGUACAUAUGGAGUUGUUUACAGAGCUAGAGACAAGAAGACAGGAGAAAUUGUUGCUCUAAAGAAGGUUAAAAUGGAAAAGGAACGAGAAGGGUUUCCUUUGACAUCUCUAAGGGAGAUAAACAUUCUCCUCUCUUUCCACCAUCCCGCAGUUGUAGAUGUUAAAGAAGUAGUUGUAGGGAGCAAACUUGACAACAUUUUCAUGGUGAUGGAAUACAUGGAGCAUGACCUGAAGGCGUUGAUGGAGACAAUGAAACAACGAUUUACCCAAAGUGAAGUCAAAUGCCUUAUGCUCCAGCUUUUGGAGGGUGUCAAGUAUCUUCAUGAUAACUGGGUGCUUUACCGAGAUCUGAAGACUUCAAAUUUACUGUUAAAUAACCAAGGUGAGUUGAAGAUUUGUGACUUUGGAUUGGCUCGUCAAUAUGGGAGCCCCCUGAAAACGUAUACUCAAUUGGUGGUUACUUUGUGGUACAGGGCACCUGAACUUCUUUUGGGAGCGAAACAAUAUUCCACUGCUAUUGACAUGUGGUCAUUGGGUUGUAUCAUGGCUGAAUUGCUGAGGAAAGAAACGCUUUUCAAUGGGAAAUCAGAAGUUGAUCAACUUAACAAGAUUUUCAGAAUCCUUGGCACCCCAAAUGAGACGAUAUGGCCGGGGUUUUCCAAACUCCCUGGGGUGAAAGUCAACUUUGUAAAGCAUAAGUAUAACUUGUUAAGAAAGGAAUUUCCGGCCACAUCCUUCAUGGAACCUGGACUAUCUGAUGCUGGUUUUGACCUGUUGAACAAGCUACUCACUUAUGAUCCGGAUCAGAGGUUAACUGCUGAAGCUGCGUUGAACCAUGAGUGGUUUCGUGAAGUUCCUCUUCCCAAGUCCAAAGAAUUCAUGCCUACCUUCCCUGCACAGCAUGCGCAAGACAGGCGUGCGCGAAGAGUAGUGAAGAGUCCAGAUCCGCUAGAGGAGCAGCGAAGAAAGGAAUUGCAGCAGGGGGAGUUGGGGACUGGUGGCUUGUUUUGCUAAGAUAAGUGAAUAGCAUGCAGUAACUGUUGGUGUUUUGUCUAAUACUCAGGGUCGAUGUGGUUGAGGUUAGAGAGCCAUGCGUUGAAAGGAAGAUGCAAAACUUGUUUUGACGAUCACUUGUGUUAUUCUUUUAGCAGGGCACUUUUGACAGUAUAUCACGGAAAAAAUGCUUUGACUAUUGUACAUGUCUCAGAUUUUGUUGCAGGUUGACUAUCACUGGGCGCUGGAACCUUAUCAUGCAACUGCAUGCAUGGCUGGGUGGCAUAGUCAGUUUAUCUAUUAAGGAACUGUUUCGAAGGAAACUCGUGUAUGUAACAUAUUUCGAUUAAACAAUUUUCUCGCAAUUGAUUUGGAUACCGAGUAUUUUGGAUUAUAUCGUAUAUUUAGCUACAUAUGUUUUGAUCUUUAUAUUCUGUUUGCAAGAGACGGCGGUGUAAAGAAGAAAGGCACUACAUAGAUUUUUCAUUGACGAAGAAUUUCACAGAAAAGUAUUGCACAUUUAAAGUUGCACAACCACUGUCUGCAACGAAUCCGAUAUGAUGGAUGCAAGAAUUGUCUUUUGAGAUGACAUGUACCCUUUGCGAUCUCAAACGUCAUAACACUGGCAGAAUUGGGUAGACAUGAGAAGUCAAAGCUCUGUGCGAAUGUGAUGACAAUUGUGGUGAAGUUUCUUAAAAUUAAAAGAUAUUGAUAUUGGUGACUUGGGAUGCUUAAGUAGCCAAAUCUGAUGGUGAUUUGUGGUGUAGAGCAGCUUCUGUUGCAAUGAUUUCCUUGUUGUGUAGGGACUGCUAUCGUUAUCUCUAAUUUUUUACACCAGAUCGUGAACUUAUUUAGCAAAGAAUGUAAAUGGCGAUAAUGAAAUAUACUGUCAGUAGCUGUCAACUGACACUAUUUAGGUUGAUUAGUCGUCUGUUAACUUGUUCCUGGAUCCGUUUUGUGUGUUCAGUUCGCGAUUUUUCUUGAGCUUUGUUUUUUA